ACCCCGCCACACCCACCCUUGUCUCAACUCCAACAGCAAGCCCCACCCCAACCUCACCCCUCAACGCCAACCUUGAUCCUCAACCUCAGCCCUCACCCACAACACCAACACCCAACCGUCACCUCCCCCCAACCUCCAUCUCCACCCUCAGCCCUCUCUUCGCUGUCACCCCGCCACACAAACCCCAAACCCGCCACCUUCGACCAAUCCCCCGCCCUCAAUCACCUUCACCCGCCAUCCUGCCCUCAACUACCGUCCUGCACCCUCACCCACCACACCCCUACCCCACCCCGUCCACGCUCAACCAACCCCUUCUCCAUUCAUCCCCGCCAACGUUGCACCCAUCAAACCCACCACCCAUCCCGACCUAAACGUCCUACGUUAGGGAAGGCUGGGGUAGCGUCGGAGGGGUGGAAGGGCACACCGGGGAUAGGUGGGAAACAUGCCCCGAAUCGACAACGACGUCAAGCUGGACUUCAAAGACGUGCUGCUCCGGCCCAAGCGAAGCACGCUGAAGACCCGCAGCGAGGUGGACCUCCUGAGAUCAUUUGUGUUCCGAAACUCCAAGCAGUCGUACACUGGUAUUCCCAUUGUAGCAGCUAACAUGGACACUGUGGGAACGUUCGAGAUGGCCAGAGCACUUAACAAGUUCUCACUCUUCACCGCUGUGCACAAGCAUUAUACGUUGGAAGAAUGGAAGGAAUUUGCCAUCAAUAACCCAGAUUGUCUGCAGAACGUGGCAGUGAGUGCUGGCACUGGCUCUAGCGACUUGGAGAAGCUGGCAGCCAUUCUGGAGCACGUGCCCGACAUCCGCUACAUCUGCCUGGACGUCGCCAACGGAUACUCGGAACACUUUGUGCAAUGUGUGAAAAACGUCAGGAAGAGGUUUCCGGAUCACACCAUUAUGGCAGGAAACGUAAUGACAGGUGAGAUGGUGGAGGAGCUUAUCUUGGCUGGAGCUGACAUCGUCAAAGUUGGGAUUGGACCAGGCUCCGUGUGUACAACCCGGAUAAAGACAGGGGUGGGAUACCCACAGCUGAGUGCAAUAAUUGAGUGUGCAGAUGCAGCCCAUGGUUUGAAUGGCCACAUUAUGUCGGACGGAGGGUGCACCUGUCCUGGAGACGUGGCCAAAGCCUUUGGUGCUGGUGCAGACUUUAUCAUGUUGGGCGGGAUGUUCUCGGGGCACACCCAGAGCGGCGGUGAGAUCUUCGAGAAGAACGGCAAGAAAUACAAACUGUUCUACGGGAUGAGUUCAGACACUGCGAUGAGGAAACACGAUGGGGGUGUUGCCGAUUACAGGGCGUCGGAAGGAAAGACGGUGGAGGUGGAAUUCAAAGGAGACGUGCAAGAGACAAUCCAGGACAUUCUGGGUGGCGUUCGCUCCACCUGCACCUAUGUGGGAGCGGCCAAGCUGAAGGAGCUCAGCCGGAGGACCACCUUCAUCCGUGUCACACAGCAACUCAACCCCACCUUCAAGUAGGACCCACCAGCUUUACUCUGUCCCUGUCCCUGGGAGUGUUUGAUGGGGGGACAGUGUAGAGGAAGCUUUACUCUGUAUCUAACCCUGUGCUGUCCCUGUCCCUGGGAGUGUUUGAUGGGGGGACAGUGUAGAGGAAGCUUUACUCUGUAUCUAACCCCGUGCUGUCCCUGUCCCUGGGCGUGUUUGAUGGGGAGGGGGGACAGUGUGGAGGGAGCUUUAUUUUCAGUUUACUUUUAGUUUAAAAGAGGGAGCUUUACUGUGUUUGUAAAUUUGGCCACACUGUCCUUGCAAUCUAAUAUUCCCACCUCCAAUAUCCUUGAUUAUGUUGUCAUCUCACAAAUCUAUUCCCAUUUUCCACUCCAUUCUAUGGUUUGAGCCUUUCCAAUCAGGUUUCUGCACCUGACACCCUGUGGAAAUUGCUUAAUGAAUAUUGGAAAUGAAAUUGUAUGCAGCUGGAGGGAGAAUAAAUUCUCUCUCCUGGUCCUUCUCACUGUGCCGUCUUUAACAUGGUCAACCACUCAGUUCUUCCAGCAUCCCCCUCUCUGUCCGGUCAUCCAACUCUCUCUUUGGCCCCAUUCUCAUCUAACCCCUCAAAGGCAAGUAGUGCUUACAAAGUCCUUCCUUCCUGCUCAAGCAUCAUUCCAUCUGGUGUCUCCCGAGGACCUACUCUUUUUUUGUUAGUAGCCUAGCACAGGCUAUUUAAAGAAAACUGAGAGAUCAGUGAAAACCUACUGAAAUAUCUUUAGCCAAAGUGAUGAUAGCCUACAGCCUCUGCAGUGUCCACAGGUCCCUAAAAGCCUGCAGUGCCAGGAAGAUUUGUCUGCUCCUUCGCUGUGGAAACUCAAACUCAGACAUAAUACAGAAGGGCAUAGCUGAUGGAUCUGUCCUCAGCAUCCAAAUUUUCAUCCACACAACACCUCCUCAGGGACGUCCAAAGCAGAGUGUUACUUUUCACUCACAAUACUCGGCUCUACUUCACUGCUGCCACAACCUCACUCAACUCCUUCGCUGUUGCCAAAUUAUCAGAUCACUUCUCCCACAUCCAAACAUUAUUCGGAAGCUGUCGUUUCUGUUCCUUGGCAACCAAACCUGAACAGUACUGUUGACAAUGGAGUGUUGUAUUUGAUUUCAGCCACAUGUUUGAGCUGUUACUAAGACUAUCUGUUUCCACCUCCAUAACACUGCCUGCCUUAACCUAUCUGCUGCUGAAACCCUUGCCUGUGCCUUUGGCUACCUCCAGCCUUGAUUAUUCUGACUUGCUCCUGCCUGGUCUCCCAUUGUACUCUCCGUAAACUCCAGCUCAUUCCAAAGCUCCAGUGCUCAGGUCUUAACCAGAACCAGGACCCUAUUCCCCAUUUGUACCCUGGUGCUCGCUGACCAGCAGUGGUCUUCCAGUUAAGAGAGAGUUUGAAUUUAAAAUUCUCAUUGUCAUUUUCAAAUCCCCCUUACCCAACUUCCUGCAGCCCCACGACCCUCCAACAUUUCUGCACUUCUCCCCUUGAUUUUCAUCGCUGCAUUGUCGGUGGCCAUCCUCCAGCACAUUCCCACCCCUCAACACACACACACACACACACAAACACAACUCCCUGCUCCCUCCUUUCCACACCCCUCUCUCGUCCUUUAAAACCAACUUCUUCAACUGAGCUUGUCUGACUUAUCUUUUUGCAUGGUUCAGUGUCACGUUUCACUGCCUCAUAUAUUUCGGAAGCACCAGGAUGUUUAAAGUCACAGGAUAAAUUGAAAUUGUUGUUUUCUAUCUGCUGCGGGAGUUGGUCUCAGUUACCUCUACUGCAGCAACCAUCUGCUUAGGUCACCUAAACGAGUUGUGUCUGGUACCAUCUACUUAAGAUGCUUGUAUGGGUCAUAGCUGUGACUACCUGCCUACAGUGCUUGUAUGAGUCACGUUUGGGACCACUUUCUUAAACGUCUGUACGGAUCGUAGCUGGGUCUACCUCAUAAUGAUGUCAGUACAAGUCACAUUUGGGACCACUUGCUGUACACCCCUAGUUGAGACCACAUUUUUAAUCAGAUGGGUGCCAGUGUCUGGGAGUGGAAGGGAUGAGGUUGGAGUCAGCCACCGCAUCGAUAUUUUCUUUGGAAACACCAACUGUGGCUGCGAUCCCACCACCAGGUUACCAAGUACACAGGAGCGGUUAGCUGCUGCCGUUUUAUUUUGCAACCCCUUAUGUCGGGAAAAAAAAUAAACAAAACCAGAGUGUCAA